CGUUUAGGAGCUCUGCCCAUGCCCUGGGUCAUGUUAGUGAGGGGCGGGGACCACCGCGGAGCUCCUCCCUCCUCCAGGCUGCCGUCACCGGGGCUGCUGGACCGGAGCGACUCGGCAGCAACAACCCGCCGCUGGCUGCUCCUCCGAACUGAGUGCAGACCCGGUGCAGCCUUCCGCCGUCUCUGACCGUCAUUUCUCUCGGUUAACAUCAUGGCCUCCGACGGCAUGGACGAGCGAUCUCCGCUGCUGUCGGGUCCCAACUCCGAUAACGUGACUCUCACUGCUCCCCCGUACCUACAGGAUUCAAGUCCCCGAGCCGAACUACCUCCUCCCUACACAGCCAUCGCCAGCCCGGACGCCGGCGGUGUGCCCGUCAUCAACUGCCGCAUCUGCCAGUCACUCAUCAACCUGGAUGGGAAGCUGCAUCAGCACGUGGUCAAGUGCACGGUCUGCAAUGAAGCCACACCCAUCAAGAACCCCCCAACAGGGAAGAAAUAUGUGAGGUGUCCCUGUAACUGCCUGCUCAUCUGUAAAGACUCGUCCAGGAGGAUAGGAUGUCCUCGACCGAACUGCAGACGCAUAAUCAACCUGAGCCCGGUGAUGGUCAUCCCAGAGGAGCAACCCGCCCAGCCGGCGCUGCCCGUCCAACCCGAGGGGAUGAGGGUGGUCUGCGGUCACUGUGGCAACACCUUUCUUGGCAGUGAGGACGCCGGCACAUCCCAGCCAAUGUCUAGCCUCCCCAGCGACGGCUCUCCUCCAGUACAACAACAGUGGAUGGAGCUUCGGUUUAACACACUAGCUAAGUGUCCCCACUGCAAAAAAAUAUCCUCUGUUGGCAGUGCGCUCCCUAGGAGGCGUUGUUGUGCUUAUAUAACUGUAGGAAUGAUCUGCAUUUUCAUUGGAGUGGGUUUAACAGUUGGUACGCGGGACUUUGCCAGCCGCUACAACGCCACCUACGUGUCCUGGGCCUUCGCCUACCUGCUGGGUCUCAUCUGUCUGAUACGAGCCUGUUACUGGGGAGCUAUCAAAGUCAGUUACCCUGAGAACAGCUUCGCCUAGAGCAGCACGGCUGGAAGAAGAAACCCCACUUUUUUUUCAUUUUUUUUUUCGUGUCGUUCAGAUUUCAACCCAACUCAUGUUCAACGGGGGGAGGUGUCUGCAGAGCGUCUGAAUAGAUGUGUGUAGAUGGUAUGUAUGAAGAGGUGUAUGAUGUUGGAGAUGUGUGGUCUGGGAUGUUUAGGAGAGUUUUGACUCGAUGAACAGACAAAACGUAUGUUCUCCUGCUCGUCCACAAAGACUCAAAUCCUGCCCAGGUUUCUGCCAAAAUCCACAAUCAAGAACAAAACAGAAAGUGUGUUUUUCCUGUGAAUGCCAACAUUUGUAUUUAAAAAUGAUUGUUUAGCAAACUGGUUGGAUUUGGUCUUUCUGGGCCGUUUUCUUUUUCUGUUUUCUGUUUCAGCCCUUCACUUUUUUUACUGACCAGACCAAAAUGAGACAACCUCCCAUGAACAGUUUGCCCAUUGCACUACGAUUAUAUGCAAUUGUACAUGUUGUUUUGCUGCUAGUUCAUAACUCCAUCUACAGAAAGCUGCAUACCCAUACUGUACUGUAACUGUUUACCUAGCUUGUGUACACUGACAUAGUAUUGCUGUAUGAUUUUUAACCCUAAAAAAAAAAGAUCCAUUUUAAAAGGAAAUCCUUAAAAUCCUAUGUGCUGCCCAGUAUUAGUCAAGAAGAGCUACAGGUCAACAGGAGGUUGUUGUUUUUUUAAGCAAAGUGUUAAUUUUCGGUGCCAUACAGCUUUUAAGUCACUUCAGCAAUAACCCUUUUAUUGGAGUUCGCUGUACUUCAUUGCCCUUUCGUUGCCUUCUCGAUAAUGAAGAAUGAUCCCAUAAAUGGUGGCUCUUGUUUGCAUGUUGACUUGUUUAAUGCUCCGUCAUCAAGGUGUUUUUCAGUUUCCGGAGAGGUAGCUGAAGCGUAGGAUGUUUUUGCUCUGUCUGCCUGUGAGUUAGAAUGUAAACCCUCCUCUUCCUCCCUCUGCUUAUAAACUCCGCUUUCUGACCUCUGGUGAACUCUGUGCUAGCUGGCAUCACUUUAGGCUAACGCAGCAUCCUGUCUCUCGACCUUGACCAGUGGGCACUGCUCAGCUUUCUAACCUUGUUUUGAAUGUGAUGAUGAUGAUGGUGGUGAUGAUGAUGAUGAUGAUGAUGAUGAUGAUGAUGAUGAUGAUGAAGCAGAACAAAAAUGUUUAAAAAAUGUCUUUGUAUAUAGUUCAAAUUCAGUACUUGGUAAACUGUAGUGAGAGGUGAAAGGAGGCGAUGGCUCUUGGGUCUUUUUAAAAAUGAUAAUUUAUCAAUAAAAUGCAAAAACUGCCUGUA